AUGUUCUACCAACCGGGAGUCACCGAGCAUAACCUGCCACACGACCCGUUCAAGGCCUGUGUGGUGCCGCGUCCAAUUGGAUGGAUCUCCACCCAGAACAAAGACGGACAGGCCAACCUAGCGCCCUAUUCGCAGUUCAAUAACCUCACCUUCGACCCACCCUAUGUGAUGUUCUCCUCGAAUCAAACCGUGACUGGAUCUCGCAAGGACACCGUCAUCAAUGCCGAACAAACCGGUCACUUUGUUUGGAAUCUGGCUACCUGGGAUCUGCGCGAAGCCGUCAACAUCUCUGCCGAGCAGGUCCCGUAUGGCGUGGAUGAGUUCGAACGGGCUCAGGUCACCAAGGAGCCCGCCACCCUAAUGGAUGUACCCAUGGUGCAGGAGUCGCCUGUCAAGUUCGAGUGCGAAUAUCAUUCGACCGUCCGACUGCCGGGAAAUCCCCCCAUGGGGACGGUAGAUAUCGUGAUCGGCAAAGUGAUCGCCGUGCAUAUCAAUGAUGAGGUUCUGACAGACGGCAUUUUGGACAUUAAAAAGACCAAGCCCAUCGCGCGCUGCGGUUACUAUCAGUAUACAGUGGUUGAAAAUACCUUUGAGAUGGUGAUCCCGGGCAUGUCCGAGGAUGUCCUGUAUGGUUUAGAGGGCAGUGCAAAGCGUAACCGCGAGGUCUCAUGCAAGAACCCAGAGAGCGAGCUGUGA